AUGGAGUCGAUAGCUGCUUUGGCCGACCCCACGGCGACAACAGGAGGAGCUGAGAUUGCGACGCUGGAGAACGACCCAGAGCACGCUCGAGCAACAGACGCGCUGUCCUCGGGAAAGCCACCUACACCGCCGUCCUCACAGUCGGGACUCUCGCUCAAUCCCGCACUCGCACCCGCACCCAGCAGCAAUGCGAAAUCCCACAAACGCAACACCUCCCUCUCUCUCAACCCGGAACUCUCUCCCAGCCACGAUGCAAAACCGCGCAGCUCGACUGACGCGACGCUGAGCUUAGGCGCCACAAGAGUCGCCUCGCCUACAACCGCCGAUGCACCUACGACACCACCCUUCUCGCCCUCAAGCACCACGCCAGUGCUAGAGAAUCCCGAGCUAGACUUUGAAGGCACCGUCGAGGUCAACAAUGAUAUACCCUCGGAGAAGGACAUGAAGCGCGUUGACGACCUCCUUGUGCUCGACUCCAACGGCGAAAGCCGACCCUUCAAAGACCUAUACAAGGGCGAGGGUGUAGCGCCGCGCCAGCUCAUAAUCUUCAUCCGACACUUCUUCUGCGGAAAUUGCCAGGAGUACCUGCGCGAGCUGUCCGCCUCUAUAACACCCGAGUCCCUUCUCGCACUUCCCGAGCCAACCUUCAUAACCGUCAUCGGCUGCGGGCGGCCAGAUCUCAUCGAGAUGUACGCACAAACGACCAAGUGCCCUUUUCCAAUCUACGCCGACCCCACCCGCAAGCUCUACGACCUCCUCAACAUGACCCGUACGUGGGAGAUGGGCAAAAAGCCCGAAUACAUACAAUCCAACAUGUUUUUCACUUCGGUGCAAUCCAUCGUGCAGAGUCUUAAGACGGGCAGCAACGCGCUCAAGGGCGGCGACUUCAAGCAGGUGGGCGGCGAGUUCCUGUUCGAGGACGGCAAGUGCGUGUGGGCGCAUCGCAUGAAACAUACAAGGGACCACGCAGAGGUGACAGCGGUGCGGGAGCUGCUGGGCUUGGAGACGAAGAAGACUCCAUUGCGGAAGAGGUGGAGCCAUGGCGUUAAGACAUUGAAAGACCAGGGGAGGGUCAGGAGUAGCAGCUGGGGAAGGGUGAGGAGCAAGAGCAAAGGGACAAAAGAUAAGGAGGGCAGCAGGACUCCGGACAUGGUUGAAGAGGAGAACAAAGACGUGGCUGUAUAA